AGUGUGUAGUAGAAGCAGCAAAGAUGUUGAUGAAAAGAUUGCAGCAAAGCUCAAAACGCGGAGCCCAGUGAGAAUCGAACGGGCCCUUUACAAACACAAGAGCAUGGAUAGACUCACCGACGUGAUGAUGAAGGCGUCCACAAAGCUGCUCAAACGAGUUCUGGCGGAGUCGUCCAAAGGAUUUGCGAUUGAGGGCAAAGCGCAAGACAAAGCAAGCGAUGGGUUGCAAAUGAUUGGUUCGCCUUGUUCGCCGCUUUGGACAGUCUCAAUUAGCCUUUUGGAAAUAUUUUUUGUCGACAACCCCUAUCGAGCAGGUUCACGAAAAGAACGAGUUCUAGCACGGGCAGAGAUCCAGAUUCACGGGUCCGUGAAUACGAGCUCUAUGCGUCUAGGGUUUGGAUUUAGACGUUUAUGUCGGCGUGGCUUUGCUAGUAUCAGCCUGACAGCCUUAGCAACUUGCGCUCUCAAGCACGCGUACACUUUUUACUCGCGAAUUCAGGCUUUACCAAACGUUUCCCACUGCAGAACGUUACAACUGUGUAUUUGUCAUAGAGUGCCUUCGUCGCAUUCAUCGAACCAGUUACCGACUGCCACUAGGCCCAUUCCCUGUCAAUUGACAGGGGUAUAG